CCUAAAAAGGAAAAGAAAAGGCAGCUGAAAAUCUCUCAUACCCCAGUCCACUCUUCUCUUCUCUUCUCCUCUUCUUCAGACCCCCUUUCUCUCUCUUUUUGCUACAAAGUGAAAAAUUUAUGCUUUCAUUCAAUUUAACACUCUGCUUUAUCUUCUCCCAAUUUCAAACACCCAAUAAAGCCAACACAUUCUGAAACUUAUAACCAAGCGGUGGCCAACAAAUUUUCAAUAACAAAAAAAAAAAUGCCAGCCCAGAAACGCUAUUUGUCGAAUUAUCAAGAUGACAAUAACAACAACGAAGACGAUGAUGAGAACUCCCCCCAGCAUCAGCACAGCCGGCGGAAACAAUCCCGACGUGUUGCCGGCGAACAAACACGAGCUAAUAUGGAAGAGCAACAAGUAGAUGAGCAGGAUGAAGAGGAAGAUGACCAAGCCCAAGCCCAAGAUAAUGAUGAUGAGGAUGAUGAUGAUCAAGAGGAAAUUAAUCAAUCGUCUGAAGAUGAUUCUGAGGGAAGUGGCACUGACCCUGAAGCCUUUGAUGAAUUGAUCGCUGUGUCACGAUCUGAGAUUCGCACCAAUGAUUUCGACGAGAGAAGUUUUUUCGCACAAUUAUUUCAAGUUCGUAAAGAUGUAGAAUGUUCAAUAUGUCUAGGUAUUAUCAAGAGAACUCGGGUUGUGAUGGGAUGCCAACACCGUUUUUGCAGAGAAUGCAUAGAUAAAUCAAUGAGACUGGGGAAUAAUGAAUGCCCUGCAUGCCGCAUACAUUGUGCUAGCCGACGGUCAUUGAGAGAUGAUCCUGGAUUUGAUACCUUAAUUGAGGCAAUAUAUCCAGAUGUUGAGAAGUACGAAGAGGAGGAGCUUGUCUUUCUUGAAGAGGAACGUGCACUCAAUGAGCAGAUUCAAGCAUCCAUUGCCCAAAUUUCUCAACGUCAAUCUGAAGCACUAAUUAAGAGGCGCAAAGUUGGUAAAGACAUAGCUGCUUCCUCUGCACAAAGAACACCUCGCAACUAUCACAAUGCUUAUUCGAGAAGAAGAAGAAACAGUCAGGGGGCUGAACCUGAGCGAUCUGAUCCAAAUGAGAGUGAAAAUGAUGAUCAUGACAGGAACAAAGAUUCACCCGCCAAGGAUGAGCGUGGAACACAAACCAAGUUCAGGAAGCGCCGGAGGCGCAAAGGAGCUCCGGCCACCCCGACUUCUCCUUCAGCUGCAAGUCCAGACGGUGGACACAUUGAAACCGCAGCAGAACUACCCAGAGAAACAGUAGGCAGUUCUCCUGGACCUGCAUUGAAGCCUGAAACACUUACUUGGGGAAGAGGUGGUGCUCGAAGUCACAGUCGACACGGCAGUGCCAGCAGUAGCAGAAAUGCUCGUAACACUCGAAUAUCUAAGUUGAUUGAUUAUCUUGAAAGUGUCCGAACAAAUGAUGGUGAGUUAAAUAUCCAUCUUGAGCUUAUUCCAUUGGACAAACAAACAACACCAAGUCUGAAAAAGCCCCAUCUCUGCUGCAGGCCAAGUACAUCAGUUGAACACCUCUACGAAUUUGUUGCUCAGGAGACAAAAUCACAAGCAAAAGAUGUUGAAUUACUGGCAAUAAAGGACAAUACCACUGUUAACCAUUCAACCUUAAUGGAUGCAUCAAAUAUGCUAGCCCGAUUUGUCAGGGGGUCCGAUGUUACUCUGCAAAACUUGGAAAGGCGAGAAACUUUGGAAGGAAUCAAUUCAAGUUGCCCAUUAAAUAAGAAUCUGAUCCUUGCUUACGUGCAAAAGAAUUCAGCCGAUAUGUGAGUUCCUUGAGUCGGCUUUGUAGAAGGAUGAGUGCAGAGGAGAAAAGAAGAUCGUCUGUUCAUUGGAGAACAUGUGGAACCUAUAUUUAGUUUUCCCUGAACAGCAAUAGUCUGCUAGUUUCCAAUUAAUUCUGCAGAAUAUAAUCUUUCUUGUAUAAUAAAUUCUGUGUUUUGUUUCCUUUUUCCUUUUACACAAAUUUUUUGGUUUGUUCACUGACAAGCAUUGAGAUUAUGUUUGAUCUCCUUAUAGAGCGACGGUAAUUUAUUAUAAGGAGAUCCCGACUUGAUAUAAUCUUCAAUGCUUUUUCCAUCUUCUCAUUUUUUCCAAGUGUAAUACAAAACGCUAUACAAGAAAUAUUUAUUCAACGAGAUUCCGACU